ACACAACGGCAACGUCUUACCAGCUCGGAGCUCUCUCGCUUGCUGCCUCUUCUCUUCUUCCUCCCGCCACCGACACCACCUCCACCAGCAGCUUCGCCUUCGCCGCGUCGGCAUCUGCAGUUGCCACUUCGCUUUCUUCCACUCCCUCCUCCUCCUCGCUUACCUCACACUCCUCCCCCCCAAUUUCAUCCCCCACCCACCACCAGAUCCCCCACCACCUGCCGCAUUCUCCCCCCCAAGAUCCAGAUCGCCGGUCACCCCCACGAACUCGCUCGAGAUCCAGAGAGAGAGAGAGAGGCAGUUUCUUGGUUGAUUUUCGAGGAUGAAGAGGAAGACUCGGAACAAGAUAAUCCUGACGACGCUGCUGGUGUCGGCGGCGGCGAUCCUGAUCGGCGGGACGGUGGCGCUGAUCCUGACGGCGGGGACAUGGAAGGUGAAGAUGAAGGAGUCGCGCGAGAAGAUCUGCGACAAGGGGUGGGAGUGCUCGGGUAGCAAGUACUGCUGCAACGACACCAUCACCGACUUCUUCAAGGUGUACCAGUUCGAGAACCUCUUCUCCAAGCGCAACAGCCCCGUCGCCCACGCCGUCGGCUUCUGGGACUACCAGUCCUUCAUCACCGCCGCCGCCCUCUUCGAGCCCCUCGGCUUCUGCACCACCGGCGGCAAGCAGAUGCAGAUGAUGGAGCUCUGCGCCUUCCUCGGCCAUGUCGGCUCCAAGACCUCAUGUGGAUUUGGUGUGGCGACCGGCGGGCCGACGGCGUGGGGGCUCUGCUACAACCACGAGAUGAGCCCUAAGGAGGAUUACUGCGACAAGACGAACCUGCAGUAUCCCUGCGUCGAGGGCGCCGAGUACUACGGCCGCGGCGCCAUCCCCGUCUUCUGGAACUACAACUAUGGCGCGGCGGGCGACGGGAUACACGAGGACCUGCUCCACCACCCGGAGUACCUGGAGCAGAACGCGACGAUGGCGUUCAUGGCGGCGAUGUGGCGGUGGAUGACGCCGAUGAAGAAGAAGCAGCCGUCGGCGCACGACGUGUUCGUGGGCAACUGGAAGCCCACCAAGAACGACACGCUCGCCAAGCGCCUCCCCGGGUUCGGCGCCACCAUGAACGUGCUCUACGGCGACCAGAUCUGCGGCAAGGGCUACAUCGACGACAUGAACGUCAUCAUCUCGCACUACCAGUACUACCUCGACCUCAUGGGCGUCGGCCGCGAGCACUCCGGCGACAACCGCGACUGCGCCGAGCAGGCCGCCUUCAACCCCUCCUACAAGAAGCCCGACGAUCAGCAGCAACAAAGCUAGAACAGAUCACCCCCAAUUCCCCCCAAUUCCACGAUUAACGGAUUCUUCAUCAGUGUGAGGAGCUGUGGUUUGCAUUGGUGUAUUUCUGAGUAGCGGAUUUUGAGGGAAGUGUCAACUGUGUGUGUGAUGCCUAUGGGAUUUGGGAAAUUUGUUGUAGCCCUUGUUGUACCAUAGUGUACAUUUUCAUUCCAUUUGAUUUUUGUCACAUAUACAUGUUUAAAGAGGAGGAUUCAGGAUAAACAUACCAUGAUUUUGAUGAGCUUGCUGUGUAUCUGUUAUUGAGGUGUGUGUAGCUGUUUAGCAUGCAUGCAAUAGUUUUCAUGCAUCAGUGCGUGA